UGCUGGAUGAAGGAGUAGGUCUACAGAAGGUAGAAACGGAGAGAGAUAGAAAGUGAGAUAGAGAAAGGGAGGGAGGUGCGGGGAAGUGACACCCAGGAAGCGCUUUAUGUAAAAUGGGGGACGACCGACCUUUUGUGUGCACCGCCCCAGGAUGUGGCCAGAGGUUCACUAAUGAAGACCAUCUCGCUGUGCACAAACACAAACAUGAGAUGACUCUGAAGUUUGGACAGACCAGAACAGACACAGUCAUUAUUGCAGAUCAGACGCCCACUCCCACUCGUUUCUUGAAGAACUGUGAGGAGGUGGGACUGUUCAGUGAGCUCGCCGGCUCCUUUGAACAGGAGCUACGCAAAACACAGGAGGAGGACAGAGUCAAAAACACGCCCCUGGCUCUUCAGACUCCGUCUGAAAUUAAGGAGAAGGAGGGUCCUCUGGAGAUUGACUCCUCCCCCCCGGACAGCCCUGACUCCACUCCUGGGAUAACGUACAGUAAAGAGACGGUUGCCAUGGCGAGAGAGCCUGCCGCCACCGUAAUGAAGACCAAGGACACGCCUCCAAGGACAACUGUAGGCUCCGCCCCUACACCCACCAUAGUGAGGCCAGGGUCCCUCCCCCUUCACCUAGGAUACGACCCUAUGAACCCCACACUGCCCUCCCCAACAUCUGUCAUAACCCGGACUCCGCCCUCCAACAGACUCAGUUCUCCGUCUGGUUCAUUCCCUGUGCUCAUGCAGCUGCCCACCAGUCAGACUGGUCCCCUACUGCCCAGCCCCGGGCAGACUUCAGUCAUCUCGCUGGCCAGGUCAGCGGGCACUGUGCCCAAUGUCCCAGGGAUUCCAGGCCCUCCGAUUGGUGGAAGUAGCAGUGGCUCCUCCUCUCCAUCUGGAUACAACACACACACUGAUGCCAAGAUGAGGCUGAAAGCGGCACUGUCUCAGCAAAGUCUGAGUAAUCUGGCUUUACAUCAGAGAACAGAACCAGCCCCAGAGAGUCAGACAACCACUCAACCACAGGUGACUCCGGCGGUGGGGCGGGGCGGCCGGCGGCGUCGGGGGGCGGAGACAGAGCCGGACGAGCGGCGGCGGCGGUUUUUGGAGAGAAACAGAGCAGCAGCAUCACGCUGCCGACAGAAACGAAAAAUCUGGGUGAACGCUUUAGAAAAACGAGCAGAGGAGCUGGCCACUACUAAUGCCACACUCACUACUGAGGUGACAUCAUUGCGAGCAGAGGUGACGCGUCUGAAGGAGCUUCUGUUAGCACAUAAGGACUGUCCUGUCACAGCCAUGCAGAAAAAAGCCUACAUAGCUGCGGGUGUGGAUGAGAGCUCAGCCGCGGCGUUGGUGAUGCCAGUGUCCGUACCGGCGGCUGUCUCCGUGAACGGUUUGAGUGUGCGUGCGGCGGAGGCUGUGGCUGUACUUGCCGGCAUGGGCUCCGGCCAAUGGGGUGGCUCCACCGGAGAGGGAUCCACCCAAUCACAGCCCACUUCAAGAUGAUGAGCUGGCAGACUGGCCAGUAGGAACUGAGUUUGUUGUGGGCCUGAGCCAUUGACUGGACGUUAAAAUGGAAUCAUGUUCCACAUCUUCCCAGCCCCCUAAAAACUGUCUGUCAAAGUGUGUUUGGACAUGCCCCGCUCCUGCCUCCCCCGGCUCUGAGAGAGCCUCUGUAAGCCUGGGCAUAAGGAGCUUUCUGCUGUAGUUGAGCUUUGCCCCGCCCUUUUAGCCUUUUAGCCAGUCAUAGCUCUUACUGGCCUGAGUGACAGGAGUGUCCGUCCUGUCACAGCACAUUUUAUGGACUAUAGCACUGCAAUGACACUUCUGAUCACAUACACGCACGCGCACACGGACCCAUACACACACAC